AUGCUGCCACUGCUGGCAUCCUCGGCGUGCAUGCUGCAGCCAACGUCGCCGUCGACGCCUCGCUCCGUCGCCAUCCCACUCCUCCAAUCGCCCAUGGUUGGCGACCUCGGCUUCGAUCGCUCGGCCUCGCGACGCCACAAGUUGGCAAAGAAGAAAAACAUCGAAGGCGGAUUUAAGUUUCGAAGGCAGGGCGGCCUGGAGCAGGCCACUACAGCUUUGGACCGGAUGGAGCACGAGUACCGAGCCUUCGAGGACGCUGGGCCGAGCGAGCGGAACGACGACACCGCCGCGAGCACACUUACCCGUCUGCGCGGCGCGGCGCUCGAUGCGGGAGGCAACAGCGCCGCCGCCGUCACCGCCAUCCAGCUCGAGAGGCUCGCUGCCAUCAUCGGAGUCUCGAUGGCGGAGCUGCAGGGCGGCCUGCAGCGCACGGCCGCGGAAGGCGGCACGCUGCACGCGAGCGGCGUCGUCGCCCGCCCGGCCGAGCAGAUCGCGUUUGAGCCCGUCGCGGGCGGCACCUCCGACUCUGGCGGCGUCACGACGGCGCUGCUCUCCGUCGCCGCGCGGCCGAGCGCGCUCGACUCCGCCGCUUGCCCAAAGGCGCUGGUCGACCUCGGCGGCCAGCCCGUGCUUGCGCACGUCCUCUCCCAGCUGCAUGCCGGCGGCGUGCGCCGCGUGGUGCUCUCGUGCUGGGGCGCGCCACGAGGGACAACAGAAAGAAAGGCGCGCCACGUCGCAGCUCAGCUAGCCCUCGAGUGCGUCGACCUCGGAACACCGCGCGGCGAGGGGCGCGGCACCUCUUCGCAGCAGGCGUGUGAGAGCUGGAGAGCGGCGUGA